GAUCUAAAUGUCUAGUUGACAUAGAUGUUCAACGAUUCGUAGACAAACACUAUAUUUAAACGAACACGUUCGACAGUAAUCUGUGUGAAUGUGAAAUGAAAAAUGAAGAGUGCAUUAACGUUGACCGUGCUUUUCUACAUACUGCAAAACUCAUUAGAUGAGGCAUUGUCAAUUUCGCCAUUGACCAGAAACUCAAGAGUAAAACGAGAUACUGGAGACCCAGUAUUUCCAUCAUGGUUGGAGGAAACGGUCCAGAAAUCCGGAAAACGUUCAAGGGAACAGAUUUUACUGUUUAUGCAAAACCUGGGAAUCAAAUUUGAGAGAGUAAGUAAUGGGACUAAUGGAAGCCCAGGAAACCCUGCUGAAAGAUCUAGAGAUGAACAGAACGCAAAGAUGAUAGCUGAACAAGCUGCGUCUGCAAAGUCUGUCACAGCCAAUAAAACGGAAAUAACAACUGAAGAACCGAACCCUACAAUGAAACAAGCAACGCUGGUUACCGUUAAUGAAACUGAAAUAAAUGUAGGACGUAAAAUAUCCACUUCGGAUUUUCACAACGUUGUUAAAAGUGAAUCAAAAACGGACAUGAAUGCAACUAGAAUGGUAGAAAGCACUGAACCCGAUACAGGUAAACCCGUUCAGAAUUUAACAGUCGCUACAGACACAUCGAUGGAUGGAGUAAGAACAAAUAAUAACCAAGAAAACAGCAGAAAUGGAUCGGGUUCGGUCUUCCAAAAUGAAGUAAAUGAGUCGGGGCGUACAAAUUCAAUGUCUGGAAUCAACACAGUAAAUGAUAAAAUGGAACCGACAUUUGUUACAGGAAAUAGUGCUAUAAAUGAAAAUAAAAGUGGAGCAGAAACAAACACAGAGACAGGUAAAGACCCAGAGAUAAGAGUUCCUGAUGAAAGCCCCUCUAGGGACAUCGGCAGAAAGAUAAAGAAUAUUUUCUCCAUCUAAAAUUACAAAUAAUUCUUGAUGUGUCAAUGUAGCGUAAAUCAAAAUAUAUUGUGGGUAUUUGUGUUCAUCUGACUCGAAAAAACACCUCACUCAACACUAAAAAUAAUUAAUUUCUAUAAGCCCUAAUCAAAUAAUGUUGUGUUUUUUUCCAUUCCAAGGUUUCGGUUUUCUUUUACGACACAAAACUUUAUUUACACUUUAUCAUAAAAGGGGUGGUAAAUGUUUUCUUCUAGCUGAAUGUUACCAACUGAAAUUAGAUAUAUUUUUCUACCAUAUAAUUAUUAAAAUGGUGAGUUGGGAAAGGGAAGUACAUGCCCCAUUUUAAUCUAGGUUUAAUGCAUAUAUGAUUUUCUUUUGAGUUACCGAUUCACCUCUGUAUAUAUAUCCAGCAGUUACAGACCUUAGGUAUUUGUUUUAUUACGCUAUACAUGGUCAGUCAUGUAAGAUAUUUUACAAUUAAAAGUAUAUGCAUUCAAAGUGUGCAAUUGUAUUUUGACACGUUUUGAUAUCGAUUGAAUAACUGUUUAUACAGUUUGUAUUACAAAUCAAAAAUCAAUAAGAAAAUAAAAUAUCUUAAACAAUGGGGGAAAAAAAAGAAAAUAAAUAUAUACCAUACGAAAUAUUGAUAAAUUAAUACACAUUCAAAUUCAAGCAUUUGUAGUACAUUUCGAUAUUACCAAACUAGAAGUUAUCAAUCAUAGUGGUAGUGACAGGACUACAUCGCUUAAUGUGUGUGACAGUAUUGUUGUAUGGUUUUUAAAUAUUGAUUUCAUCAAUAAAAUAAACAUUUCAAGUUGUA